AUGGGGCUAUCUUCCGACUACGGCCUUGCUCGACGUAUUGUCUCAUCUCCGCAAGAGCUAUCAUUUGCCGGCAUUUCCUUCUUGACUCUUCAGGCUGUCCUAGAAGUCGUCAUCGUAUGUCUAGCAGGGUUUUUUGUCGCUAAGUCCCAGCUUUUGGGCACCACUGGGCAGAGAAUGCUCUCCCAGUUGAACGUGGAGUUGUUCACUCCGUGUUUGGUUUUCACCAAGCUUGCUCCAUCCUUGUCUGUUGACAAAGUGCUCGACAUUUUCAUCAUCCCUGUGUUCUAUGCCGUGUCCACAGCAACGUCAUAUUUCUUCUCCAGGGUCAUGUCUCAUUUGAUGGUACUCAAUGUUGCUGAGUCUGACUUUGUUACUGCCAUGGCUGUCUUUGGCAACUCAAACUCCUUGCCUGUCUCCUUGACCAUGACUUUGGCCUACUCAUUGCCUGACCUUUUGUGGGACAGAAUGGAGGAUGACACGCCUGAUAAGGUCGCCUCCAGAGCAAUUGGGCCAGAUUUUGCGUUGGUCUUGGGUUACAACAAGCUUCUAAGAAAGCGUACUCCGCAAGAACUUGAUGACGCCAUCACCAGCGGCGAAGUUAGGCCCUUGGGAGCCGACAUGGAACGUCAGCACUCAGGCACUGAUAGAGAUGAGGGCUCCAUCGAAGAUGUAUCGCCCGCAACGACGCUUGCUGCCGACUUUCCCACCAUGGCUCCCCCAUCAGACUCGGACGAUUCCAGUCUAGUGCAGAAGCCCGGGCACGAGGUGCACGGCAACAUCAUCAGAAGAAAACGGCACAGUUUUAUCAACUGGAAACCAGUGGCCAGCUUCUUUGCAUUCAUGAACCCUCCUCUCUAUUCGAUGCUUGUCUCCGUACUUAUUGCGUCUGUUGGAUCUCUUCAGAAGCUAUUCUUCCAGGAAGACAGCUUUGUGAGGAACACCUUGACCAAGUCGAUUGAAAAUCUUGGCUCUGUAUCGAUUCCGCUCAUCUUGAUUGUGUUGGGUUCAAAUCUCUAUCCAUCGGCCGACAUUCCUCCGGCCUCGCUUCACUACAAGCGUAUUGUGGUUGCUUCAUUGAUGUCGAGAAUGAUCCUUCCGUCGUUGGUAAUGCUUCCAUUGAUUGCCCUCUGCGUGAAGUUCAUCAACACUUCGAUUCUCGACGAUCCUAUCUUCUUGAUUGUCGCAUUCAUUCUCACGGUGUCACCACCAGCGAUCCAGUUAUCGCAGAUCACCCAGCUCAACGACAUUUACCAGAAAGAAAUGGCCGGUGUGCUUUUCUGGGGUUACGUGAUCUUGACACUCCCAACAACCAUUUUCAUUGUGGCCACCAGUUUGGAGGUCCUCAAAUGGUCGUUGUGA